GUCCGGGUGCGGGACGGACGAAUUCCUCAGUACCGGGAGCUGCCCCGCGGACCCGCGAGCGUCCCGGCGUGCUCCGCGCCUCCCGCAACCACUUCCGGGGCGGGAGCGGGGCCUCAGGGUCCAGGCGCUUCGAAGGCGGGCGCUGAGGGGACCGGGAAGGGCGCGGUGGAGAGCGGGCCCCGCGGAGGCAGCGCGGCGACGGCGGCCCGAGGGCGGCUCGGGGCCCGAGGCACAGUGCAGGAAGAAAAGACCUAACCCCUGGGCCUCCCUCCACAGCGAUGUCGGAGCUCAGCGAUGAAGCUAGUGAGCCGGAACUCCUGACCCGCAGCUUGUCCAUGUGGCAUGGGCUGGGUGCGCAGGUCAGCCGGGAGGAGUUAUCCGUCCCCUUGGAUCUCCACACAGCUGCUUCCAUUGGCCAGUAUGAAGUGGUGAAGGAAUGUGUGCAGCGGAGAGAGUUAGAUUUGAAUAAGAAGAAUGGUGGUGGCUGGACCCCGCUGAUGUAUGCCUCCUACAUUGGACAUGAUACCAUCGUGCACCUGCUGCUCGAGGCGGGGGUGAGUGUGAAUGUGCCGACUCCAGAAGGGCAGACUCCUUUGAUGUUGGCUUCCAGCUGUGGCAACGAGAGCAUCGCCUACUUUCUCCUCCAGCAAGGUGCUGAGCUAGAAAUGAAGGACAUUCAAGGCUGGACAGCCCUCUUCCACUGCACCAGCGCUGGGCAUCAGCAGAUGGUCAAGUUCCUUUUGGACAGCGGAGCGAAUGCCAACGUGAGGGAGCCGAUAUAUGGAUUCACUCCUUUGAUGGAAGCAGCUGCCGCUGGCCACGAAAUAAUCGUUCAGUAUUUUCUGAAUCAUGGAGUCAAAAUGGACACGAGAGACAACAGUGGGGCCACGGCCCGAAUGCUGGCCAAGCAGUAUGGACACAUGAAGAUAGUAGGAUUGAUAGAUGCUCACUCGCCUUCUCUGCCCAAGAGCCUUUAUCGGAACCAAGAAAAAUAUGAAGAUCUCAGCUCUUCGGAUGAAUCCUGUCCCGCUCCUCAGAGACAAAGGCCUGGUCGAAAGAAGGGCCUCAGCAUCCAUGACGGGCCUCGGGCCUUGGCCAGGAUCACAGCCAUUGGACUUGGAGGCAAGACUCAGCAGCCCUGCUAUGAGCAGGUGCCUCCACGGGGCUAUGUCACCUUCAACAGCAGUGAUGAGAACCCGCUGGAAGGUGGGGGCCUCUGCUACAGGGAUGUCACCUCCCCCAUCAAUGACCGGGACGUGGAGAGCAGCAGCAGCAGCAGCCGGGAAGAGCAGGCCUUCUGUGCCCACCUCGGGGCUGUGCAAAGCAGCAGCAGCAGCGAGGGCCUAGCGAGAGCCCGGGGAGUCAGCAGCGAGGCCUCUCUGGAGAGCAACGAGGAUUCGGAUCAUACACGUAAAAGUUCGGUUCGAAAACAAACUAAAAGUUAUAUGAAGACCAAGAAUCGUUACAGCAACAGUGACAACCAGUGGCCUCCCAGCACCGGAACUUCUGGGGCAGCCUGUUCCCCAGGAUCUAUCCCCCAGUCUGAGAGGUCCGCCUAUUCAGGACCCCAGGAUCUCGCCACGCUGCUGGAGCAGAUCGGGUGUCUAAAGUACCUGCAGCUGUUUGAGGAGCAGGACGUGGACCUCCGCAUCUUCCUGACCCUCACCGAGAGCGACCUGAAGGAAAUCGGCAUCACGUUGUUUGGGCCCAAGAGGAAGAUGACCUCUGCCAUUGCCCGUUGGCAUAGCAGUGCCCGCCCCCCCAGUGACGCCCUGGAGCUGGCGUAUGCUGACCGGCUGGAAGCUGAGAUGCAGGAGCUCGCCAUCCAGCUGCACAAACGCUGUGAGGAGGUGGAGGCCAUGCGGGGCCAGGUGUCCCAGGAGCAGGAGCUGCGGGCUGUGGUGGAGAGCUGCCUCCUGGAGCAGGAUGGUGCCCGCAAGGAUGUGCUUGCCCAGCUGCAGGAGACCUGGGCCCUGGCCCGAGACGCUGCUCUCGUCCUGGAGCAGCUGCGAGCCUGUCAGGCCGAGCUGUCAGCCCGAGUGAAGCGGGACGAGUCCCCUCCUGGGGCCACCCUGGGCCCAGCCUUCCCCACAGCUGACUCCAAAGGCUGCCAGGCCUCCCUGCAGGCCCUGAGCCUCCCCGAGCUAUCAGGAGCGCUGGAGGACCGAGUCCAUGAGAUGGGGCGAGUACUAUGCUCAGUGACCCAGGGCCUGGAGAAGCUGCAGGUGCUGAAUGGAAAAGAGAACUGGCGGGAGCCUUAGCCGGAGGGACGGUGAGUGUCAGCCAGCUCGGGACCCAGGCCAGGCCAGCAGGGUCUGCUGGGAGCUGAGUGAGCACCCACCUCAGUCCUCUUGCCCUUCUCAGAAUCUGACGUCGGGUGACUGAUCCACCCUGAAGCUGUGUGCCCGGAAAACGAGGGCAGUGAGCGGGCAGUUGCAGCAGCCGAGGCCUCAGGUGGGGCCAGAGGAUCGGCCCCCGGGAGCAGCUGGCAGAGAGGCAGGACCGGGCUGUGGCCGGUGCCAAGCAGGGAGGACCCCAUGGAGGCAGGACGAGGGCUUCUCGCCCAGAACCUGGCAGCAAGGCCCAGAGCAGGCAGGGCCUUGGGGAGAGGGCAUGUCCCCACGCACAGCAGGCGCCACACUCAGGCUUGCCCUGAUGGGUGAGGACUGGGGCGCCUGGGCAGCAUGGUAUUUGCUGGAAAAUAAAAUUGAAGAUCAUC